CCUUCUCCACAUUGGCUGCACGCUGCCGUUCCGGUACACUUCAGAGGAGGCUAGUCUGGUACACUCACUCGCUCCGCCUCUGCGUCACCAGAACGCACACGACUGUUUGGACCAGAGGCAAGUCAAAACGUUCUAAAGAGUCCCAAUUGAGGCAUUCUAUUGAGGCAUUCUACGCAUGCCACGUCGCAGGCGAUUCAAUAUGCUGCGAGGUGUACAGCAAAAGAUGAGGAUCUCAGACUUACUUAAUCUGGUGCAGAGGUUUCCUCCAUCGUCUACGAAUGCCAACGGCUAUCUACCUUCAGCUCGAAGAGCAAGAAGUCGAGUCUGCGGUGCAUUAAUGACGCUUCCAGUAGAGUUCCUCCCUUAUCAGAAGGACGUCUGUACCUGUCGCAACUGUGCGGCCUUGACGUCAGGCAUCACUCCUGUUCACGCUCUGGCCGAUAUGCGAUCUUAUCGGGCAGCGAUCAGUUUGGCCUGGCAGCGACCAUCGCCCACUUUCACGACCAGAACUUCUCGGAUGGCUGCCGAGCUCUAUUUGUCGUGUCUUUAUCAAUUCUUCUCGUCGUUGCGUCAGUCCGCGUUUCGACUCGCUCCGUUCACUUCCGUUUUACGGCCCCCUUCGGCCGGACGGCAGGAGAUCGGCGAUGCGCCACCCGCUUGGUCUCUGCGUGUGGCAGGCAGGCGGAUGGAUGCGCGCAGGGGAUUUAGGUUGCUGCCGGCGUUUAGAAGCACGCCUCGCGCGUUUUCCUGGGUCGUCCGUCACCCGUGUCACUUCUCCCCGUUGGCUAGCUGGCGGGCUGGCUGACCGGCAAGGGCCACUGGCCGACUAGACCGAUGUAGUCGGCAAAGAGCUGCUGCCGCUGCUAAGGUAAAGGCGGUCAGGGCCGGUCUCACCCGAAGACGAGUCUCGCUUUACGG